AUUAAUCUCACAUUGAAAGUUGAAGGAUGUUCUGAGGAUUACAUAUCCAAAAGAUGUAUGAUUUGUUUAAAGCCUACUGAUCAGUUGAACAAGAAUGCUUACAUUCUCACAAGAAGUAAAGUAUUAUGUCAGGUAAGCCAAACAAGAAAGAAGAGUGUGAGCUAAAGAAGGCAUCCUUUUGCCCAUCCAUGGAGGCCAGAAGGGAAUCCCUCACCUGUUAAGCCAAUCCUCCCUUGUUAACCAACCCAAGCAACAGCUCUAUAAAGGAGGUAGCCAUGUCUUCCAUCUGCACUCAUCCAACUCAUUCACAGCAGCCCUGCAAACCGAGAGGGCAGGAAAUGGACGCCAAGCCACAGACAGCACCUGCUGACCGCUCCUACACGGAUUUGAAUCCCGUCUUCGACUGGGUUCGAGGAGGAACCUCCGACGACAUUCUCAUUCAUCUCCCUGGAUUCAAGAGCGACCAAGUGAGGGUGCAGAUAGACAGCCAUGGCACGCUGAGGACCAGCGGCGAGCGGCCGCUGGAUGGCAAGCAGUGGAGCCGGUUCUGGAAGGACUUCCAGUUGCCAGAUAACUGCAAAGUGAAUGAUGUCCGAGCCAAGUUUGACGAUGAGAUGCUUCAAGUGCACAUCCCGAAGAUGGUCGUCAGAGGAAAUGGAGCUCUGCCUCAACCGGCAGAUGCAAGGGAGCCGCAGUCCAAGGAGAAGGCUGCUAACAAACAGGAAAUUGAGGAUAAUAAAUCGGUCGAUGAAAAGAAAGCGGCGCAGCCGGCAAGCCCAAAGAAGAUGACCGCCGACAAUCGCGGUGAUCGAAGCGGCGGCAUGAGUAGCAUCUACAUGGGGCUGAGUCAAGCAAGGAAGACAUUGCUGAUGAACGUGGCUGUCGCUUUCCUGGUGCUGUUUGUUCUUGGAUUGUACUUGAAAUACAAAUUCACAAAGACUGAGACCAGCUAAGUCUUCGCUACAUGGUUUCAUCACCAUACUAUUAUUGCACGUCAUGUAGAGUUAAAAGACUACAAUGCCUGAAAUAAAACUAUUAUUGUCGAGGCCUGUGAGGCCAAUUACUUCUCCCGAGUUCAGAACACAGUUGUCGGUUGAACAGUUCGUUCUCCGUCCGAUCCAAACAUAGAUCAUAAUUUGAUCAGGUGUCAUGUGCGCAUGAUGACAAUUUAUCUUAGCCAAUCUUUUAACA